AUGCCGCCCGGCGCGCCCGCCCGCCUGGCGCUGGCCCUGGGCCUGGGCCUGUGGCUCGGGGCGCUGGCGAGGGAGCCCGGGCGCGGCUGCGGGCCUUGCGCGCCGCCCUGCCUGUGCGCCGCGCCGCCCGGCGCCGCCUGCACGGUCAACUGCUCGCGCGGCGGGCUGCGGGCUCUCGGGCCUGAGCUGCGCAUCCCCGCGGACGCCACGGCGCUAGACCUCUCCUAUAACCUGCUCCAGGCGCUGGACGUCGGGCUCCUGGCAAACCUGUCUGCGCUGGUGGAGCUGGAUGUGAGCCACAAUAGGAUUUCUACGUUAGAAGAAGGAAUAUUUGCUAAUUUAUUUAACUUAAGUGAAAUAAACCUGAGCGGGAACCCCUUCGAGUGUGACUGUGAUUUGGCCUGGCUGCCUCGCUGGGUGGAGGAACGGCAGGUUCAUGUGGUACAGUCUGAAGCAGCCACGUGCACUGGGCCCAGCCUGCUGGCAGGCCAGCCCCUCCUUAAUGUCUCCCUGUCGGACAACACCUGUGGUGAGGACUAUGUCGCCUGCCUCCCUGACAACAGCUCGGGCACUGUGGCAGCGGUGGUCUUCUCUUUUGCCCAUGAAGGCCCACUGGAGCCCAGGGCCUGCAGUGCUGUCUGCUUCUCGGCUGGUGAGGGCCUUGCGUCUCUCUCUGAGAAGGGCCAGUGCCUGUGUGGGGCAGGCCGGCCCCCCAAUGCCUCUGCAGCCUGCUUGUCCUGGUGCUCCAGCCCCGUGCUGUCCCCUACCCCCGCCUGUGGGGGCCCCACCCUGCUCCAGCAUGUCUUCCCUGCCUCCCCAGGGGCUGCCCUGGUGGGGCCCCUUGGACCCCUGGCCUCUAGUCAGCCAGCAGACUUCCACGUCACUGCCCCCCUGCCCGUCCACUCUACACGAUGGGACUUUGGAGAUGGCUCUCCUGAGGUGGAUAUGGCUGGCCCAGAUGCAACCCACCACUAUUUGCUGCCUGGGAGCUAUCACGUGACCGCUGUACUGACCUUGGGGGCUGGCUCAGCCCUACUGGAGACAGAAGUGCAAGUAGAGGUGGCACCAUCUGCCUUGGAGCUUGUCUGCCCAUCAUUUGUGCGCACUGGGGAGAGCCUUGAACUUGGCAUCCGGCAUCUCGGAGGCUCAGCCCUUGAGGUCACCUAUAGCAUUCUGGCCCUGGACGAGGAGCCCACCCAAGUGGUGCACCCAUUCUGUCACGCGGACACGGAGAUCUUCCCCGGCAACGGGCACUGCUACCGCCUGGUGGCAGAAAAGGCGCCCUGGCUGCAAGCCCAGGAGCAGUGCGGGACCUGGGCUGGGGCCGCCCUGGCCAUGGUGGACAGUCCUGCCAUCCAGCACUUCCUGGUUUCCCAGGUCACCAGGAGCCUGGAUGUGUGGAUCGGCUUCUCGUCUGUAGAGGGGGCGAAAACAGGCCCAGCACCCCAGGGUGAGGCCUUCAGCUUGGAGAGCUGCCAGAACUGGCUGCCUGGGGAGCCGCACCCGGCCACUGCGGAGCACUGCGUGAGGCUGGGGCCCGCCGGGCAGUGCAACACCGACCUGUGCACAGCGCCCCACAGCUACGUCUGCGAGCUGCGGCCUGGAGGUCCCAUGUGGGAUGCUGAGAACUUCCUUGUGGGAGUGCCUGGUGGGGGUCUGCCGGGACCCCUUAGUCCACUGGCACAGCAGGAAGCCCUCCUGAGACCACGGCUGCCCGUGGAGGUCAUAGUGUUCCCUGGCUUGAGUCCAGGCCGCAAAGCCUUCCUCACUGCGGCCGAGUUUGAGACGCAGGAGCUCUGGGAACCCGCCCAGCUGCGCUUGCAGGUGUACCGGCCCUCGGGAGCAGUGGCCUCGGAAAGAAGCAGCGAGCCCGAGAACAGGACUGAGCUGGCCCCCAAGUGUGUGCCAGAGGGACACUGGUGUCCCGGAGCCAAUGUCUGUGUGCCAUUUGAUGCCUCCUGCCACUCUCAGGCCUGCGCCAAUGGGUCCGUGUCAGGGCCUGGGUUCCGCAGGGCCACCUACGCGUUAUGGAGGGAGUUUCUCUUCUCAGUGCCUGCUGGGCCCCCCACGCAGUACUCGGUCACCUUCCAUGGCCAAGAAGCCCCUAUGCUCCCGGGGGACCUCGUUGUCUUGCAGCAUGACGCUGGCCCAGGUGCCCUUUUGCACUGUCCCUUGGCUCCUAGCUGCCCUCACCUUGAGGCUCUGCAUCUCGUCAACAAUGCUUCAGAUUGGCUGGCCCACCUACCUGACCAGCUGGAGGGCGCUUGGGCUGGCCCUGCCUGCGCUCUGCAGCUGCUCUUGGCCACAGAGCAGCUUGUACCCUUGCUGGGUCUGAGGCCCAACCCUGGGCUGCAGCACCUUGGGCACUAUGAGGUCCGGGCCACCGUGAGCAACAGUGUGUCUAAGCACAACCUGUCCUGUAGCUUUGACGUGGUCUCCCCAGUGGCUGGGCUGCGAGUUGUUCACCCUGCCCCCCUCGAUGGUCACUUCUACGUACCAACCAAUGGCUCAGUCCUGGUGCUUCAGGUGGAUUCUGGUGCCAAUGCCACGGCCGUGGCUCGUUGGCCUGGAGGCAAUAUUAGCGCCCCCUUUGAGGCCGCCUGCCCCCCUGUAGUGGAGCCCCUCGAGCCAGGCUGCACCAGAGAUGCCAACGGCACCCUGUUCUCCGUGCUGACGCUGCCAGGGCUCGGGGAGGGGGACCACGCAGUAGAAAUCGUGGCGCAGAAUGGAGCCAGCCGCGCCAGCCUCAGCCUGAGCGUGACAGCAGAGGAGCCCAUACGUGGCCUCCGUGCCACACCCAGCCCUGAGGCCCGGGUGCUCCAGGGCGUCCUGGUGCGCUACAGCCCCGUGGUGGAGGCGGGCUCGGGUGUGGCCUUCCGGUGGACCAUCGAUGACAAGCAGUCCCUGACCUUCCACAACGCCGUCUUCAAUGUAAUCUACCAGAGCGAGGCCGUCUUCAAGCUCUCGCUGACGGCCUCCAACCAUGUGAGCAACGUCACCGUGAACUACAACGUCACCGUGGAGCGGAUGAACCGGAUGUGGGGGCUGUGGGUGUCGGCAGUGCCCGCUGUGCUGCCCCCCAACGCCACGCUGUUACUGAUGGCCGGUGUGCUUGUGGACUCGGCCGUGGAAGUGGCCUUCCUCUGGACCUUUGGGGAUGGCAAGCAGGUGCUUAGCCAGUUCAAGCCCCCGUACAACGAGUCCUUCCAGACCCCGGACCCCACGGUGGCUCAGGUGCUAGUGCGGCACAACACCACGCACACCUACGCUGCCCCAGGCGAGUACAACCUGACCGUCGUCGUGUCCAACACCUACGAGAACCUGACACAGCAGGUGCCUGUGAGCGUGCGCUCCGCGCUCCCCAGUGUGGCCGUGGUCAUGAGCAGCCGUGUCCUGGUGGCUGGCCAGCCUGUCACCCUUUCCCUGCACCCUCUGCCCCUGUCCGGUGGUGUUCUAUAUACUUGGAACUUUGGAGACCGUUCGCCUGUCCUGACACAGAGCCAGCCAGCAGUCAACCACACCUACGCCGUGACGGGCACCUACCGCAUCUCCGUGGAGGUCAACAACACAGUGAGCAGCGUGGGGGCGCACGCCGAUGUUCGUGUCUUCCAGGAGCUGCGUGGCCUGACGGUGUGCUUGAGCCCAGCUGUGGAGCAGGGAUCCCCCAUAGUGGUCAGUGCUGCUGUGGAGUCAGGUGACAACAUCACAUGGACAUUUGACAUGGGGGAUGGCAUGGUCUUCACAGGCCCCGAGGCCACAGUGCGCCACGUGUACCUGCGGGCACAGAACUGUACGGUGACAGUGGAGGCGAGCAGCCCUGCCGGCCGCCUGACCCAGAGCCGGCGCGUGCGAGUCUUUGUUCUGGAGGUGCUGCGCAUAGAGCCCACCGCCUGCAUCCCCACACAGCCCAGUGCCCAGCUUACAGCCCAUGUCACUGGGGACCCUGCCCAUUAUCUCUUUGACUGGACCUUUGGGGACGGCUCCUCCAAUACAACUGUUCAGGGCCACCCAACAGUGACACACAGCUUCAUGCAGAGUGGCACAUUCCCAUUGGCGUUGGUCCUUUCAAGCCAUGUGAACAAGGCACAUUACUUUACUAGCAUCUGUGUGGAGCCUGAGGUGGGCAAUGUCACCCUGCAGCCUGAGAAACAAUUUGUGCAACUUGGAAAUGAAGCCCAGCUGGUGGCCCGUGCCUGGCCGCCAUUCCCCUACCGCUAUACCUGGGACUUUGGCACGGAAGACGAUACCCCUGCCCGUGCUGGGGGCCCCGAGGCGACAUUCACCUAUCGAGAUCCAGGCUCCUACCUGGUGACGGUUACUGUGUCCAACAAUGUUUCUGCCACUAAUGAGUCGGCUUUCGUCGAGGUGCAGGAAGCUGUGGUGCUCACCGGAAUUGGGGUCAAUGGCUCCCAUGUGCUGGAGCUGCAGCAGCCCUACCUGUUCUUUGUCAUGGGUCGAGGGCGCCCUGCCACCUACCUAUGGGAGCUGGGCGAUGGCGGGCAGCACGAGGGCCCCCAGGUCACUCACAUCUAUGACAGCCCGGGCGACUUCAUGAUCACGGUGGUAGGCUGGAAUGAGGUGAGCCGCAGCGAGACCCAGCUCAAUGUCACAGUGAAACGCCGUGUGCGGGGGCUCAGCGUCAAUGCCAGCCGCACAGUGGUGCCCCUGAAUGGCAGCGUGAGCUUCAGCACCUCGCUGGAAGCAGGUAGUGAUGUGCGCUAUUCCUGGGUGCUCUGUGACCGCUGCACGCCCAUCCCUGGUGGUCCCACCAUCUCCUAUACCUUCCGCUCAGUGGGUACCUUCAAUAUCAUCGUCACUGCAGAGAAUGAGGUGGGCACUGCCCAGGACAGCAUCUUCAUCUAUGUCCUGCAGCUCAUUGAGGGGCUGCAGGUGGUAGGUGGCGGGGGCUGCUGCUUCCCCACCAACCACACACUGCAGCUGCAAGCCACGGUCAGGGACGGCACCAACAUCUCCUACAGCUGGACUGCCCAGCGCGAUGGUGGCCCCAUCCUCGUUGGCAAUGGCAAAAGCUUCUCACUCACUGUGCUUGAGGCGAGCACCUACCACAUCCAUGUGCGGGCCACCAACAUGCUGGGCAGUGCCUUGGCCAACCGUACCGUGAACUUUGUGGAGCCUGUGGGAUGGCUGACUGCGGCUGCCUCGCCCAACCCGGCUGCCAUCAAUGCCAGUGUCACUCUUGGUGCUGAAGUGACUGGUGGCAGUGAUGUUGUUUUCAUCUGGUCCCUGGAGGAAGGGCUGAGCUGGGAGACGUCCCAGUCAUCCACCACCCAUACCUUUGCCACAGCUGGCCUGCACGUGGUCAGGGUCACAGCAGGGAACCAGCUGGGCUCGGUCAACACUACCAUGGAGGUGGCAGUGCAAGUGCCUGUGGGUGGCUUAAGCAUUAGGGCUGGUGAGCUGGAUAGCAGCUUCGUGGCAGCUGGUUCCACUGUGCCCUUCUGGGGUCAGUUGGCCAUGGGUACCAAUGUGAGUUGGUGCUGGACAGUGCUGGGGGGCAGCAGGCACAGUCAGCACAUUGCCGUGAGCUUUCCCACCGUGGGCACCUUCUCUGUGCAGCUGAAUGCCUCCAACGCAGUCAGCUGGGCGACUGCUGUCUACAGCCUCACCGUGGAGGAGCCCAUUGUGGGCUUGGUGUUGUGGGCCAGCAACAAGGUGGUGGCGCCUGGGCAGCUCGUCCACUUUCAGAUCCUGCUGGUGGCUGGCUCAGCUGUCACUUUCCGCCUGCUGAUUGGUGGGGUCGUCAAUGAGGUACUUCCUGGUCCCCGCUUCUCCCACAGUUUCUCCUGGGUUGGAGACCACGUGGUGACCGUGCAGGCUGAGAACCACGUGAGCCGUGCCCAAGCGCAGGUUCGCAUCUUAGUUCUGGAGGCUGUUGGUGGGCUGCAGGUGCCCAACUGCUGUGAGCCUGGCAUGGCCACUGGUACCGAGAAGAACUUCACAGCCCGGGUACAACAGGGCUCCCGAGUCGCCUAUGCCUGGUACUUCUCCUUGCAGAAGGUCCAGGGUGACUCACUGGUCAUCCUGUCAGGCCGCGAUGUCACCUACACGCCUGUGGCUGCGGGGCUGCUGGAGAUCCAGGUGCGUGCCUUCAACGAGCUGGGCGGCGUGAACCUCACGCUCGUGGUGGAGGUGCAGGAUGUCAUCCAGUACGUGCUGCUGCAGAGUGGCCGUUGCUUUACCAACCGCUCGGCCCAGUUUGAGGCUGUCACAAGUCCCAGUCCCCGGCGUGUGGCCUACCGCUGGGACUUUGGGGACGGGACUCCAGGGCAGGAUACUGAAGAGCCCUGGGUUGACCACUUGUACCUGCAGCCUGGGGACUAUCGUGUGGAGGUGAAUGCCACCAACCUGGUGAGCUUCUUUGUGGCACAGACCACAGUGACUGUCCAGGUGCUGGCCUGCAGGGAGCCUGAGGUGAAGGUGGCACUGCCCCUGCAGGUGCUGAUGCGGCGCUCCCAGCGCAAUUACCUGGAGGCCCACGUGGAUCUUCGUGACUGUGUCACCUACCAGACCGAGUACCGCUGGGAGAUCUAUCGCGCGGCCAGCUGCCAGCGGCCAGGGCGCAUGGCUCAAGUGACCCUGCCGGGCGUGGAUGUGAGCCGGCCCCAGCUGGUGGUGCCGCGGCUGGCGCUGCCUGUGGGCCACUACUGCUUUGUGUUUGUGGUGUCAUUUGGGGACACGCCGUUGGCUCGCAGCAUCCAGGCCAACGUGACGGUGGCUGCUGAGCGCUUGGUACCCAUCAUUGAAGGUGGCUCGUACCGCGUGUGGUCAGACACUCAGGACCUGGUGCUGGACGGAAGCAAGUCCUACGACCCUAACUUGGAGGACGGUGACCAGACACCACUUAGCUUCCACUGGGCCUGUGUGGCCUCAACACAGAGUGAAGCAGGAGGCUGUAUGCUGAAUUUUGGGCCCCGAGGGAGCAGUGUGGUGUCCAUCCCCCGGGAGCGCCUGGAGGCCGGUGUGGAGUACACCUUCAACCUCACUGUGUGGAAGGCAGGAAGGAAGGAGGAAGCUGCCAACCAGACGGUGCUGAUCCGCAGCGGUCUGGUGCCCAUUGUGUCCCUGGAGUGCGUGUCUUGCAAGGCUCAGGCAGUGUAUGAAGUGAGCCGCAGCUCUCAAGUGUACUUGGAGGGCCGCUGCCACAACUGCAGCCGGGGCUCCAAGCAGGGGCGCUGGGCCGCACGCACCUUCAGCAACAAGACGCUAGUAUUGGACGAAACGACCACAUCUACGGGCAGCUCAGGCAUGCAGCUAGUGGUGCGGCAGGGCGUGCUGCGGGACGGAGAGGGCUACGUCUUUACUCUCACGGUGCUGGGCCCCUUGGGCGCGGAGGAGGGCUUUGCCUCCAUCUAUCUCUCACCCAACCGCCCUCCACUUGGAGGCUCCUGCCACCUCUUCCCGCUGGACGUUGUACAUGCCCUCACUACCAGGGUGCACUUCGAAUGCACAGGCUGGCGAGAUGCAGAGGACGGUGGUGCCCCGCUGGUGUAUGCCCUCCUGCUGCGGCGCUGCCGCCAGAGCUACUGUGAGGAUUUCUGCAUCUACAAGGGCAGCCUCUCCACUUACGGAGCUGUUCUGCCACCUGGCUUCCAGCCACGCUUUGAGGUGGGCCUGGCUGUGAUCGUGCAAGACCAGCUGGGUGCCGCAGUAGUUGCACUCAACAGGUCUCUGGCCAUUGUCCUGCCGGAGCCCAACGGUACCUCUGGGGGCCUCACGCCCUGGCUGCACAGUCUGACAGCCAGUGUUUUGCCUGGGCUACUGAGGCAAGCUGACCCCCAGCAUGUCAUCGAAUACUCACUGGCCCUCGUCACUGUGCUCAACGAGUAUGAGCAGGCCCUGGAUGUGGUGGCGGAACCCGGCCACGAGUGGCAGUUGCGCGCCCAGAUGCGGAAGAACAUUACGGAGACCUUGGUCUCGCUGCGGGUCCACACAGUGGAUGACAUCCAGCAGAUAACCGCCGCGCUGGCCCAGUGCAUGGCGUCCAGCCGGGAACUCGUGUGCCGUUCGUGCCUGAGGAAGGUGCUGCGCAAGCUGGAGGGCAUGAUGCGCAUCCUGCAGGCCGAGACUGCCGAGGGCACCGUGACGCCCACUGCCAUCGCAGACAGCAUCCUCAACAUCACAGGUGACCUCAUCCACUUGGCCAGCUCAGAUGUCCAGGGGCCUCAGCCCUCAGAGCUGGGGGCUGAGCCGCCCUCUCUGAUGGUGGCAUCCAAGGCUUACAACCUUUCCUCGGCUCUCAUGUGUAUCCUUGUGCGUUCGCGAGCACUCAAUGAGGAGCCUCUGACCCUAGUCGGGGAGGAGAUUGUGGCCCAAGGCAAGCGCUCCGACCCUCUCAGCCUGCUGUGUUACGGGGAAGCCUCGGGGCCCGACUGCCAUUUCUCCAUCCCUGAGGCCUUCAGUGGCGCCCUGUCCAAUGUUAGCGACGUGGUGCAGCUCAUCUUCCUUGUGGACUCCAACCCCUUUCCCUUUGGGUACAUCAGCAACUACACUGUCUCCACCAAAGUGGCCUCCAUGGCCUUCCAGACUCAAGCCGGGGCCCAGAUCCCCAUUGAGCAGCUGGCCACAGAGCGUGCCAUCACGGUGAAGGUGCCCAACAACUCAGACCAGGCUGCCCAGGACUCCUGCAGCCCUGCAGGCUCCGCUGUCCUCCAGCCCCGGGCCUCGGUCAGCGCCGUGGUCACCCCAGACAACAGCAACUCUGAAGCGGGGCUGCACCUGCGACUCACCUAUACAGUGCUCAAUGAGCACUACCUGGCCGAGGAGCCCGAGCCCUACCUGGCUGUCUACUUGCACUCAGCACCCCAGCCCAACGAGUACAACUGCUCUGCCAGCAGGAGGAUCAGCCUGCAGGCACUCGGGGGUGCUGACCACAGGCCCUACACCUUCUUCAUCGCCCCUGGGACUGGGGUCCCAGGCAGAAGUUACUACCUGAAUCUGACCAGCCAUUUCCACUGGUCAGUACUGGAGGUGUCUGUGAGCCUGUAUACAUCUUUGUGCCAGUACUUCAGUGAGGAGGAAAUGAUGUGGAAGACAGAGGGGCUGGUGCCCUUGGAGGAGACCUCACCUAGCCAGGCUGUCUGCCUUACCCGCCACCUCACUGCCUUUGGUGCCAGCCUCUUUGUGCCCCCCAGCCAUGUCCAUUUCAUCUUUCCUGAGCCUUCUGUGGGCAUGAACUACAUUGUCCUGCUGACAUGUGUGGUAUGCCUGAUGACCUAUGCGGUCAUGGUGGUGAUCCUGCGCAAGCUGGACCAGCUGGACGUCAGCCGGGUCCGCGUCAUUCCAUUCUGCGGCAAGGGGGGCCGCUUCAGAUACGAGAUCCUGGUCAAGACUGGCUGGGGCCGAGGGUCAGGUACCACGGCCCAUGUGGGCAUCAUGCUAUAUGGGGAGGACAGCCGCAGUGGCCACAGGCACCUGGAUGGGGACCGAGCCUUCCACCGCAACAGUUUGGACAUCUUCCAGAUUGCCACCCCGCACAGUCUGGGCAGUGUGUGGAAGAUCCGGGUGUGGCAUGACAACAAAGGGCUCAGCCCCGCCUGGUUCCUGAAGCACAUCAUCGUCAGGGACCUGCAGAGCGCCCGCAGCACCUUCUUUCUGGUCAAUGACUGGCUGUCUGUGGAGACCGAGGCCAGCGGAGGUCUGGUGGAGAGGGAGGUGCUGGCGGCAAGUGACACAGCGUUGUGGCAGUUCCGACGUCUCCUUGUAGCUGAACUGCAACGAGGCUUCUUUGAUAAACAUAUCUGGCUCUCCAUAUGGGACCGGCCACCUCGCAGCCGCUUCACCCGUGUCCAGAGGGCCACCUGCUGCGUCCUUCUGCUGUGUCUCUUCUUGGCCGCAAACGCCGUGUGGUACGGUGUCGUGGGAGACACCACCUACAGCCUGGGGCCUGUGUCCAGUCUGAUCCCACCAAGUGUUGACACAGUAGCCAUUGGCCUGGUGUCCAGUGUAGUGGUCUACCCCAUCUACCUGGCUGUCCUGUUUCUUUUCCGGAUGUCUCGGAGCAAGGUGGCUGGAGGCCAGAGCCCCAUCCCGGCAGGGCAGCCGGCCCUGGAUGUGGAUACCUACCUGGACCCUUCUGUGCUGGACAGCUCCUUCCUCUCACUGUCAGGCCUCCGUGCAGAGCAGGCCUUCACUGGGCAGGUGAAGAAUGACUUGUUUCUGGAAGAUGCUAAAAGCCUGGGGUGCUGGCCAUCCAGUGAUGGCACACUCAGCUGGCCAGACCUGCUCAGUGACCCAUCCAUUGUGGGUACCACCCUGCAACAGCUGGCACGGGGUCAGCCUGGCUGCAUGCUGGGACCAGAAGAGGAUGGCCUCUCUCUGGUCAGCAUCUCUUCUCCCACCAAAUACUUGUCAGCAUCAGAUGAAGACCUGAUCCGACAGGUCCUGGCUCCCACGCGGGACGCCCACCUAGAAACGGACCUACUCACCAACCUGUCUGGUGCUCCUGGAAUGAAGACAGAGACGCUAAAGCUGCAGAGGCUGGGGGAGAAGGGGCCACCCAGCCCUGGCCUGACCUGGCAACAGUCCCCGGUGACAAGGCUCUCAAGGACAGGACUGGCGGAGGGUCUUCGGAAGCGACUGCUGCCUACCUGGUGUUCCCCCCUGGCCCAUGGGCUCAGCCUGUGCCUAGUAGCGGUAGCCAUGGGGGUCUCAGGGUGGGUUGGUGCCAGCUUCCCCCCAAAUGUGAGCAUCAUGUGGCUCCUCUCCAGCUGCUCCAGCUUCCUGGCCUCAUUUCUUGGCUGGGAGCCCCUUAAGGUCCUGUUGGAAGCACUCUACUUCUCACUGGUGGCCAAGCGGCUGCACCCUGAUGAAGACGACACCCUGGUAGAGAGCCCAGCUGUGACCCCUGUGAGCGAGCGCGUGCCUCGUGUGCGGCCCCCGCAUGGCUUUGCCCUCUUCCUGGCGAAAGAGGAAGCCCGCAAGGUCAAGAGGCUACAUGGCAUGCUGAAGAGUCUCUUGGUGUACAUGCUUCUCCUCCUGGUGACGCUGCUGGCCAACUAUGGGGAUGACACAUGUCAUGGCCACGCCUAUCGCUUGCAGAGUGCCAUCAAGCAGGAGCUGGAUAGCCAGGCUUUUCUGGCCAUCACUCGGUCUGAUGAGUUCUGGCCAUGGAUGGCCCACGUGCUGCUGCCCUAUGUCCAUGGGAACCAGUCCAGCCCCGAGCUGGGGCCCCCACGGCUGCGGCAGGUGCGGCUGCAGGAAGGACUCUGCUCAGACCCUGCCAGCUCUGCAGCGCACACGUGCUCAGCCACGGGAGGCUUCAGCACCAGCGACUAUGGAAUUGGCUGGCAGAGUACAACCAACAAUGGCUCUGAGACAUGGGCCUACUCUGCACCUGACCUGCUGGGUGCGUGGUAUUGGGGCUACUGUGCUAUGUAUGACAGUGGUGGCUACGUGCAGGAGCUGGGCCUAAGCCUGGAGGAGAGCCGCGCACGGCUGGGCUUUCUGAAGCUACAUAACUGGCUGGACAGCAGGAGCCGCGCGGUGUUCGUGGAGCUCACGCGCUACAGCCCUGCUGUGGGGCUGCACGCAGCUGUGACGCUGCGCCUGGAGUUCCCUGCUGCUGGCCACGCGCUGGCCGCCCUCAGCAUCCGCCCGUUCACGCUGCGGAGACUCAGCACAGGCCUUUCCCUGCAGCUGCUCACCUCGGCAUGCCUGCUGCUGUUUGCCUUGUACUUCACUGUGGCUGAGGUGCGUGCCUGGCGCAGGGAAGGAUGCGUGUGCACAGCGUGGCGUGGUGCUUGGGCACAGUGGCUGCUGGUGGUGCUGAUGGCGGCCACCGGGCUUGUGCGCCUGGCCCAGCUGUUUGCCGCGGAGCGCCAGUGGACUCAAUUUGUGCGCGGCCGGCCGCGCCGCUUCACCAGCCUCGACCAGGUGGCUCAGCUGAGCGCUGUGGCCCAGGGCCUGGCCGCCUCACUCCUGUUCCUGCUCUUGGUCAAGGCUGCCCAGCAGCUACGGUUCGUGCGCCAGUGGUCUGUUUUUGGGAAGACACUACGCCGAGCCCUGCCAGAACUCAUGGGAGCCACCCUGGGCCUGGUGGUGCUUGGUGUAGCUUACACUCAGCUGGCUGUUCUACUCAUCUCCUCGGGUGCCGACUCUCUUCACAACGUGCUCCACGCCUUCCUGGUGUUGUGUCCUGGGGACAAGGUCCCCACCCUGUGCCCUGAGUCUUGGUACCUGUCCCCUCUGCUGUGUGUGGGACUCUGGGCUCUGCGGAUAUGGGGUGCCCUGAGGCUGGGGGCUGUCCUCCUGCGUUGGCGUUAUCACGCCCUGCGUGGGGAGCUCUACCGCCCAGCCUGGGAACCCCAAGACUACGAGAUGGUGGAGCUGUUCUUGCGAAGGUUGCGCCUCUGGAUGGGCUUCAGCAAAGUCAAAGAGUUCCGCCAUAAAGUCCGCUUUGAAGGCAUGGAGCCGCUGCCCUCCCGCUCAUCCAGGGGCUCCAAGUCCUCGCCGGCUGCACCUCCGCCCAGUGCCGGCUCCGAUGGCUCACACCUCUCCACCUCAUCCAACCAGCUGGGUGGGCUGAGUGUAGGCCUGGGCCGCCCGGUGCCCAGGGGGCGGGGGCUGGCGGAGCCGGAGCCCUCCCGGCUCCACGCUGCGUUUGAGGCCCUGCUCACCCAGUGUGACCGCCUCAACCAGGCCACGGAGGACGUCUACCAGCUAGAGCAGCAGCUCCAGAGCUUUCGAGGCCAUGGGCACAGCAAGACUCCCUCCUUGCCUCCUCUUAGUUGCUCCUCAGGCCCUCGGCCAGCCCUGCCCAACCGCCUUGCUCGGGCCAGUCGGGGGAUGGAUCCAGCCACAGGCCCCAGCAAAGCACCCCUGUGGCCUAAAAACAAGGUCCACCCCAGCAGCACUUAGCACCGGUGACCUGGCCAUGCUCUCUCCUCAGAGCCAGAGUAAACACCGCUCAGUAUUACCUUCUGCCGCCUUCCAGGUUGGGCCAGGCAGAAUGGCUGCACACACAUUCCAGGGCACAGGCAGUGUGGCCCUGUCUGCCUGCCUAUAGGCUUUAGCACUUUAAAUAGGCUGUGUGGCCAGCCAGGACCCAGGGUCCCCUCCCCACGGGAGGACACAGCAGUAUUGGACCGAGCGAGUACCCAGCCUCUGAGACGCUAAUUUAUUUCCCAAGUCCUCAGGUACAGUGGGCUGUGCCCAGCCCUGCUCCUGGGCAGCCAUCUUCCCUUGCUAAGGACCCAAGCUCCAGAGAGAGCUGAGCUGUACUCCCACCACCCACCCCUAAGUUAUUGCCUCUCCUGUUGUCCUCAGAGCACUCGCCUCUAGCCGCCGUCCCCUUUUAUGUGCGUCAGUAAUUUAUACAGGGUUAAAAUGUAUAUAUUUUUGUAUGUCACUUUUUUCAAUUAGGGCUGAAGCUGGGGGCCCUGUGCCCAUUAUGACCCAGGGUUGGGGAGGCGGGGAGGCUGUGGCCAUUUAUUGGAUCCGAGUCUGGUUUUAGGCAAGUGCUGGAUAGUAUUUGGGCCACUGUGGCCUUUUUCCUCCCUUGACUGGAAUCAGGUAGCACCCAGGCCUGCUGGUGUCAGGUCUGGGCAAGGGCAGGACUAGUGUGGGGCAAAGGAUGCCAAGUUAGAGGACAAAACCCCUCCUGGGGGCUGGCCCCUGUGGCAGGGGAGGGUGUGUGUGUGUGUAUGUGACGGCAUGUGUGCGAUGUGUGAUGGUGCCUGCCUACUUCUGCAUUGUCUCUGCGGGCUUGGCUGUAGCUCAACCCCGACCCUGCCCCAACCCCAAACAGACAAAGUCAAUAAAGCAGCUGUCUGACUGCUA